AUGUUGCACUCAAGACACAGAUCAAUAGCUAAAAUGUCAAGGUCACGCUUAGAGAUUUAAGGUCUAAAAUUGGUACAAUGGACUUUGUCCGGACUCUAACUUCCUUAUAGAUUAGAAUAUUUUGUCAUGUGCAAAGUGCUUCAUGCAUUUCCAUAUGGUGUCAUCCUGGAAAUAAUUGUACAAAGGACAGUGAGAUAAAUGAGUUUCUUUGUACUUGUAUUGCUUUAGGUUGCUGAGCAAAGCUGUUGCUGAGGCUUCCUUGUGUGGCCCUGAGGGAAACAUAAUCUUCGCCCAUGAUGGUGAAAAGCUUGAGCGCAUGACAUUUGAAAUGUAUGGUAAAUUGACAGCAUACAAUGUCCUUACUGGUGGACCAGGCCUACCGAUGAUCAACACCAUGCUGUACUCCUUAAUGACUGACCAGGGCAUAAAACCCCAUGUAGACAUUCUUACGCUUUCCCAGACCAAGGAAAUUUAUCGCAUUAAGGAGAUCCUGGACAGCCCAGACGAUGAGAGAUUUAAGUCGGUUAUCGACAAACAUGCUGACUGGAUUAUUGAUCAAGGCUUACUUCAUACAAAAACAAAAUUGGAGAAGAAAGAUAAAAUAGCUACAUACCUGCUGAAAAACAUACUUUACUACAGGUAUACGUUGAUGUAUUUUACUGGUGUAUAA